CAUGAAAAUGAAAAUCUCUAUUCAUAAUUGCAUUCUUGACGUUGGUAAGGAUUACAUCCACUUCAAGGCCCAGCUUUGAGAGUCAUCUGUUAUUCAAGUCAUAGAGAGCGAGAGAGCUUGAGGGAGAACUUCGUUUGCCUUCAACACCUGGGGCUGGGCGAAAACAAAAUGACGAAGGUCACUGAGCGAUUGCUCUGAUAACCACCAACAAGAUGUUCUUCUGCCGUCUCCCUAUUGCUACAGGCUUCGUUUAUCGAAUUUGCUCUUUGGUGGAUUGAGGUUUUGCCUUUAGUAGAAAUUUUCCUCGUGUAUCAUCUUUUGACGAUGAACUCAGAAGACGUUCAUCGAUCGUCCUCCCAUUAGAUCGAUGUUUGCUUUAGUUGUUCUCCCACUUCCUCCUUCGAUCAUUUUCCUCUUAUUGUCAAGUUGAUAGUAUUCCUCGAAACCCGUUUGGUGAACCGAUAUGGUUUAUAAUGACUUUAGGACCGACUCCUUUACUCGUCAGCGCUCGUUUGUAGUGUAUGAAGAUAUAUAUUAUUGCUUGCGAACGUAAAAACAGUAGACUUGAUAGAUUCAUUGAGGAUUUAAGUUCAACUAGGUCUAGGUGCGAAGUGUUAAUUCGGGACGUUGACAUGACUCACUACUUUAGAGAAUUUCACUAUGUCUUUGGUUUUGGAUAUGGCGACAGACACUCACUACUUCGUAUAUUGCAGUAAAAGAUAAGCAUAAUUGAUUAGCUCCCGAGAUCCCUUUGUUGGAGGAGGUGAUGUGACAUAAUUCUUUAUUUUUGACUUUUGAUUCACCAUCGAGUUCUCAUCAUUUCAGAUUGUUGAUCAACUAAUUCGCCAUCUUAAUUUGCGUUUGUGAACAAAGAUGAGAUUCAGAAUUCCGUGGCUACACGAUCACUAGAUCUGCGAGGUCGUGGAGUUGCAGGUCUCGAAGCUUAAGAGUGGACGGAACGGAACAGUCAGGCAAGAGUAUGUUCCGACCCUCGAUGAGAUCAUCGGGCUCGGGGCUGGCCCCGAGUGCAUCCAGAAGUAGCAGCCGAAGGCGAUCGACAGCGGGCGCUAGCAACUCGGUCUUUACGCCGACUGCAACGGUUUCCGGAGCAAAUGGGGGUACAUUAUUGUCUGGAGGUGGUACGGACAAUGCAGGCAAUACCGUGACAACACCUUCAGAGGUGCGUGCUUCUCGUAGUUCUCUGUUUCCGACAUCUUCAUCCGUAUCUACUACUCAGAGCAGUCUGAACCAGGGUGCUGGCAAGGGAGGACAACAGCCACUGUUGGUGCGGAGCAGUGCGCAGGGAGCGACUCCCACUGAAGUGGCAAUAUCAACCCUGUCACAAGGUAGUGGACGAGGCAAGGGACUAGUACCAUCUCCGGCUUCCGGCAAGAAGAGCGGCUCGACGAGUUCAGUGCUCGCAGUAGGAGCAGGACCAACCAUGGCCACGCCAGCGGCAAAUAGUUUUGCAACUCAUGGUACCGGUGCAGCGCAAACGCACUCUUCCUUAGUGCCAUCCAAUCCAGCCAGUAACACUGUAGGAGUUUCUGGCGUGUCCCCAACUUCUACAGGAGUAAUCGCGACGACACCCACCGGAGCAGCGACAUCCUCGUUGGAGUUCGUCCAACAACAUGGCACAACUACCGGUACGAGCAAGUCGUCCACGAAAAAAAUAUCUGCCUCGCCAAUCAUGUCUACUCGAGGUCCGUCACGAUUUUUUGAGGAUACAUCGACGGACGUCGACAAUAACGGAGAGGUGGAGCCCAAAAGGAGCAGUGGCGGUUUCUUCAGCAGUGCUCGGCGAAGCUUUUUGUCUUUUUCGGGCGGCGAUCGUUCCUCACGACAAGCAGCGCAGCACCAGUCGAAGACACGAGAGGAAGGUCGCACGACUCAAGAUGAAGACUACACGAUCAUUUUUCGGGCAGACUACAAAUACAAUAGGAACGCGACUGCUGCUGGUGCAUCAUCUGGCGAUAACGCUUCUGAACAGGAGGGAAGAACUUCUGGGAUCGAAACUGCGAGUAGAUGGCAACCUGCAGGACCGUCAGACAACUCUCCAAGCAAGGCUGCGAUGUCUACCUCUACCACAUUUGGGUUGACAGCGGGAUCCCCCGUACUGAAUUCCUUCAUAUCAUCUCCGCAAAAUCUUGCAACGGAACCACAGGCUGUAGGUGCGAAUAGAGUACGACGUGCUAGCAGAGCUGCGGAGAGCGCGGCUGCCACCUAUAACCUUCCCAGUAAGACGAGUUUCACGGGAGCUGGGUCACCAUCUUCCCCAAGAAGCAGUCGCUUUUUUCAGGUUGAUCUUGCGAAAUUAGGCCUCGAAGACCCAAAUGGUUUGUCGUACAUGCUGCAGCAAAAUCCGGACAGUGAGCAAAGCACGGCUGCAACUACACCUCCGCGCGUCCCGACACCCAAGAACUUUGGCGUAACGAGUGGCCUCACAGGCUCGACGUCAACAACGAACGUCGAUGUUGCAACUACUGGUAAAGUACAAACGACGAACUUGCUCAAAGCCCCUUUUUCAGGUGAAAUAUCUACCUCCAUGCCAGAACGUUCUUUGACCCAUCGCGAAAACGACCCAACCACUUCUAGUGGCAGGCUGAAGACCCUUUACGCGCUUCGUGCUCUUGCUCAGGCAUUACAACCCGACGACGAGGAAGAUGAAACAGAACCCAUCAAAAUCGACGAAGACGAUGAAGACUACGCAAAUGUGAGCGGAGACGAACCACAUAUCCGUCCUUAUUUAGGAGACUUUGGGACCAAGCCGAUGCUAAAUUUCUCGUCCAGUAUCGCCGCACGCAAUGCGUCAACCACCUCUUCGGGACUGCUCUACAACACUUCAUCUACGGGUGCACCGCCAUCGGGUCCGGGAGGAGAUGCACUAGGGAGUUCGUCUCUGUAUCCUGCGAUAUCCGCGCCGAACGUGAACAACUGCGAGGAUCAGGGUAUGAAACAUCUUCGUGAUAGUAGCCGUAGCCCAUCAACGUCAACGACGUUUGAGAUCCUGCACGAUCAUAUGCGAAAAACAGCGUUUAUCGGUGUCUCAAGCGAAAAUCCACCCCCCUCGGCGCCUCCGCAAGUCACAUCUGCAGAGGAAGAGGGUGACAGGCGACCACAAUUGUCAAGCAGGGGCCGUCUUGCCAGUGCUUUUCAGGGCGGAUAUUUGCUCGGAAAAGGCCAACAGAUGAUAUCGACGACGAGCGAGGGGUCAUCAGUACCGCCAGCCAUAGACACAAGUAGGGGAACGCAGGCAGUAGAAACGUCUGGUGGCUUCGUCAGUAAUCAACUUGUUCCAGCUGGAGCUGCAGCGGCUGCACACGACCAGCAAGCUGCGAGUUUGGAGCAGGCGCAAAGAGUCUCAGAACUAGAGCGUCUUGUUGCAAGUCUGGGAGAAGACAACGACAGGAAGAAUGAGCAGAUUGGGAAGCUGCAAAAAGAAGUCGCUGCUAAGACUGACGAGGCCGCCACGGCCAAGGCAGAUGCUGCGCUAUGCCGCGAGAAACUCGUGCUCUCGGAAGCGCGCCAGGAGCACGAGCGAACGGUUUUCGAACAUGAAAAAGCCCAGCUUUGCGAAUCAUUGGAGGGAGAAGCUAGAGCCAAGGACGUUUACCGAAUGCACGUAUGCGAACUGGAGUCGCGCUUAGAGACUAUCGCGAAGGUGUCUGGACGAGAUGAGCCUACCACAGGCAGUCGCAGUAGCGCAUUACUCAGUUCUCUUCUAGGCACCAGCGGGAGUAGAACACUCCUGACGCAAGACUUUGCUUCUGGUACAGGAGGUGAAGUAGGAGGCAGUGCUGCAGCAGCCAGCGGUGGAGUUACGCCGACGAAGUUCUUCUCUCCGCGACAACAUCGCAGUCGGAGUGUAACACCGAUUAGAGUGCGGCCUUCGGGAGGGGCUGCAGCUGCGCCAUUUCCGGUACCUGAAGAGGAAGUGGAGCAAGGAGACGCAGAGGGCAUCUUGAUACGCAGACUGCACAUACAAAAGGUCGAUGAAGCACACGACUCCACAUUAAGUCAAACAUCGAUGUUUGCUCCGACGAACGCACCAAGAAGAACAGCAAUGACAUCUCAAGGAUCUACGCUGACCCAGCCGCAUCAAGUCGUGGGAGGAGGACUUUCGAUUUUAACAAUUGGCGCAGCAUCGACGUCAUCUUCGCCUUCUGCUCCUCCCCCUGGGUCUCCAUUGACCUCCUCGACAGGUGGGCGUCAAAUGUGCAAUUCGCCUGCACUCAAUGCCGCGCCAAGCUCAUCGGUUGUUCUCGAAACUCUACAGGACUCAGAUACGAAUAGGAUAUUUGCUUCCACUACUGCUGGCGCGGGUAGCGCUGCUUCUUCAUCGUCGUCUCCUGCGGCGGCUAGGCUCGUGGAGUGUUCUUCAACAGUAGGAGACAGCGGCUCUCCUGCGGCUGCCUUUUUGUCCUUCGCCUCAGUUGCUGCGAGUACUAGUAACGCAGAGCAGCAUCAGAGGGGCGGGGCUAACAUCUUCUCAACAUCAGCGGUCGGGAUGAACGAAGAUGACGAUGAUGAGGUUCCACCGGAUGUUGAUAUGGAAGAACUGUAAUGCAGAAGAGCACUACACCUAUAUUGCUGAUCAAUAAUUGAUCAUUUUUGUACCUACAACAACAACAACAACAACAACAACAACAACAACACCAUGUUGUAGAUUUUCAUGAGCAUUCCCAUCCCUGACCCUGAGGAAAAUAUUUUUGAUGUUCGCGCUUUACUUUAAUAUUUGUGCAGAUGUCGUCGAACUUGAAGUUUUUCACAACAGAAAACCGACCCUAAGCAAAUACAAAAACUGCUCUCUUGUUUUGAAGAAUGUUCCCCUUUUGAUCGAAUACUCGCUCCAU